AGUGCAAACCAAGAAUGGAUUGUAAAAACAUCGAAAAUGACUUUGGUAAAUAUGUACAUUGCAAAGGCAUGAUUGAUAGAUCUGAGUAUAUAUUAAGGCGACAAUGUGCCUGUGUUAUAACUAUAUUUACGUCAAAUACCUCUUUCUCAAGAUCUUUCCUGCGGCUAAGAAGCAGGAUUCCCUCGGAAAACCGGCGCCGCUUCUUGUAUGGAAUAAGUACGCUGUACUCGUAAAACAUCAUGCCAACUUUCAGAACGUAUUCAAGAAUGCAUUGUCAAACGAGGAUAACCGUGUUCUGCUUCCUGUACGUAUUCGCCAUCACGUCAAGUAGCUCUCUGCCGAAGAGCGCGCAUCCCCGAACGAACCGGAAGCACAUGGACCUCACCGUCAGAUCUGUCAAGGAAACAGAUGCCGACACCAAAUCAUUGACCAAGAUAGACUCGGGAGCAAUAGCAGACUUCCCAUCAAUAGAUGAAGAGUACAGUAUGAACAGUGUCGUUGACGACGGACCUAUUUACACCUGCGAGGAGAUAUUUCAGAUGACAGACCUCAACGAGGAUGGACGUGUAACGGAAGCAGAGUACAGACAGGCCAACCCCAACAUGACGGAUUUAGAAAUGUCGUUUGUCUUCCAGAGAUACGAUCCUGACUGCGACGGCAACAUCUACAUAGAGAACCUAUGUGGAAAUAUCGUCGACGGCACCGGUAUAGAGAUUGAGAUAGGCGUGGCUGGCCAACUUCCUGACCCGAUGGAAGUUAACUGCAGAACGCUGUCGAUGCAAAUCUGUGACAAGGAAUCAUUUUUGGUUGUUUGGGAACAAAUUGAGGCCGAAGAGACAGCCGAUAAUACACUUUGCAGGGCUUUACAGACACACAUCGAAUGUGUUAGCCGGGAAAACAAAUACUGUGGCCUAGAUGACUACGUUGCUGACGUCAAACAGACCGUAGCCAGCUUUAUCCGGUCAGGAAUAUGUCCAAACAUUCACGUCAACGAUGAAACCGUCUCGGGAAUCCCAUCAUCAGGGGUGCGACAGGUCCGAUCAGCUAAGAAUGGUCACAGGUCGAGGCAUAGCAAUAGUCUGAGGAACACGGACGUGGACCCGACCACCCUGCUUAGAUCCUCGCAUACGUGUUUGAGGUCGACAAUGGAACCCUGCAAUACGAACUUUAUCUCAUCACUAAGAUCAGGGAAUGUCGAUCCCUGCGAAACGCUGGUCGAUUACAGGCGUUGCGCACGGAAAUCGACGCGGAGAUGUCAAGACAGAACAAACGCAAUGCGCAUCAGAGACGGCAUCAAGUCCAUCACCCGCGCGCACAGAAAAGCCAAACUUUGUGUACAAUAGACAUCACUACUGAUAUACAGAAAUCAAAGAAGAACAAUGCCGCAAGAACUAAAAAACUGUAUAUUUUACUCUGUGAGCAUUGUAGCGAGUGUGAUAACAUUCGAGGACUCUAAGACAGUUACUGGUAUCGAUGUUCAUGGGAACAUGGAAAACAGCACUGGGACUAUGGGGCCAAGCCCCUCCAUGGUGUUCCUGUAUCAUGUAACUGCGUGAAUAGAUUCAAAGUAUGUCCAAGACCACGAGGAAGACGACGGGAAGCGACGGGUUUCCUACUAGAACUGGAACUUCGAGCCAAAAUCCGCCGUUGUCAUUGCUGUUAAUAUUCUAAGAGGCUUUUUCUACCAAUUCUGUGAUAUCGGUUGUACUGCCUCAUUCGAAAAUAAUUUAUGGCAGAGUAAGAGAUCAAAGGACGCUAUUUUGGCAAGAGGCUGCUAGGCCAAGGCGCCGUCUUACUUCAUUAAUCCGUUGAUUGCUGAGUUCUCUAGGCUUUGUACACGGACUACCUGUUUCCAGUAGGCAACUGGUUAAGAUAUGUUAGCAUCAUAGCAACAGUAUUCAUCAUGUUCAUUUGUAUUCACUACCUAGAAUCCGCUCAAAUACUAAUGUUACUCCGUUCUAUACUCUAUCAUGUACAUCUGCAGGACACAGUGGUAGACGUAUGGUUUCAAUGACUAUCUAUGAAUAGAAAUUUUCUUUUCGUUCAAAUAUCGUUCAGUAGUAAACUUUCUAAACGACAAGAUACUUAUUUCAUGAAGUUUCUCACUUGUAUUGCUACCUCAAGAAAUAAAGUGAACAUUUUCCCUACAAUUAAUCAUAAUUUUAUUGAUUCAGUGUAGCGAUGUUGUCUACUUGGGAAAUAGCUCUCAAACGGUAAUAGAUUAAAUGAUUAACUUAUUUAUUUUAUUUCACUAUGAAUCUGAAAAAAAAGAAUACAUGUAAGAACACUCUUAUUAAAGGGAUCUUUUUUUCACUCAAACUUAGCAAUUUUUUGUUCUUUGAUAUUUAACCAAUCGCGAAACAAAACAAAAUAUUCUUUGUAAAAUAUAGAUUUAUUCCAGUCUGAAAAUUCUACCCCCCCCCCCAAAAAAAAAAAAAAUAAUGAUAAUAACAUUAACAAAAUAAUAUUAAGCUACACGAGGUAUAACUGCGCUCAUUGCAUUUGCAUUUUAUUUUCGGGGUUUUUCUAGAUUUUUUUAGGAAUAGCAAUAUCACGUUUAAAGUAACUUAUCAUAAUCGUACCAUUUUCAUAAUUCGAAGGAAAAGGAGACAAUACGUUUAAAUGCUAUCAUAGUAGAUUCAUAUUGUAUUUGGGAUCGUAUGUCAUUUAUUCCAUAAAUAUCAUGAAUAUUGGAACAUAAUUAUACAUUUUGUUGAUAAAUGGAGAAUGUUCGACAGAAAUUGUAAAUAGCGAUGUAAAAUUUAAUCAUGACAAUAUAUUAUUAUUAUUAUUAUGUAUUAUGAAUCCAAAUUGUUUUAUUCCUUUAGAGUAUUCAUAUUCCACUAUAAAGUAUCGCUAUGCUUAUAAGAUUUAUUCAUGUUUUGUGUUUAUGAAUAUUACACUGCCACAUUAGUUUAAUCGAUUUUAUGACAACUGUACAUAUAUUUAUAUGUUAUGUAUAAAAGGGUAGGUAACCAAAAAAUUUGUUUUCAUCUGAAUAUCAUAUAUCUACAUAUUUCCAUGUCGAUAUAUCCGAUUUCUCCAUUUGGUAUAGGAGGCAUUUACUAUGAUUUAUUUUUCUUAAAAGUAAAGACCUUGAUAUUUGUAAUACUCUCUAUUUCUUAAACUAACAUAAUGUAUAUUGAGCAUGGUGCUACCUUUUGCGUUUAUUUCCUGUCGAAUAAAGAGAGGAGUGAUUUCAUUUAUUUCAGAAAAAAGACAAGAAUAAUAAUCUGAUAAUGAUAAUGAUAAUUAUAUUGCAUAAAAUUUCACAUUAUUGGCCAUGAUUUGGUACUUUACAUAAUUAUUGUCGUUAAUUUUAAUAUUAAUAUUUAUAAAUCAUAUCGAAGUUCAAUUCCUUAGAAGUUUCGAAUUACUUGCAUGAAUCAGGUCUGUUUGUUAGCGUGAUUUACUUAGUAAUUCGCAAGUGUUUCGAUAAUUAGAAAUUGAAGUAACAUGUUAUAUGUGUCUUUGAAUUAAUUUCGCCUAGAACAUCCUUGCCUUGUUAACAUUAAAAAGCUAAUACCUAUUUUGGAUGGAAUUCAUUAUUCCAGGACAGUAUUUUACCUGUAGUUCUAGACUUCAAAUUAUAAUAGAGCUCAUCAGCUUCUGACUGAACGAAACAAUUCAUUUUGUUGAAACUGAAUUUUCUGACAUUUUUUUGUUUUUAUAUCAAAGCAGGUUUAUUGAAACCCUUGUGUCUGCUAUCUUUUACGUACAAUUACGAUACCCUUUACACACUAUCUUCAUGUAAUGUUGUAUGUGUUUCAUUCAUAUUUCAGCAGGCUGUUUUAAUGUCAUGACAACUCUAGUUUUAAAACGGGUCUCUUUAUUCCGAAAUUAUUUUCUUUCUUUUAUAGGAGGAGUUUACUAGAUUGUGUAAAUGUCCUUUAUGUUAACUGGGCUUUUAUCUCUAAUAUUGUUUUGAUCAUCUGAACCUUUCUCUGGCGAACAGCUUAUCCGUUAUUUUAUAAGUUUCUUUAAGUUAUUUGAUAUAGAUUGCACAUUUAUCUUGCACCUCUAUUGAUUCAAAUGAUGUGGAACGCGACGUUAUUAUGACGUCACAGAGUGUAUGGGGAGAUGACGACAGUGUUAGCAGAGUUGUGUGUAAUUAAUAUUUAAAAAUUAAAUACUAUAAAUAGUGCCUUGUACAGUCUAAGAAGGAAGAGUGUAUUCGUAUGUAUUAAUUGUCAUGCCCUAUUUUGUAUUCAUAGUCGUGUCAAUUAAAAGACAAGAUAUUGAAAUUUAA